AGAGAGAGAGAGAGAGAGAGAGAGGGACUCUUGCACAGCUUGUCCAUCUUGUCAUUCCUGUGCCAGCUCCGACGUGCAUGUCGGCCUCUCUGUUAUUUCGUGGCUCCGCGUCUGAACACACGUCUCACUUCUCUGGUUUCCAGCUUCUGCUCCUCGUCUAGCGACUCCCUCAGCCCAGCACCGAGAGGACACAGUAGCCAGCUGUCACUCUGGAGGGAAAGGCCCCAGUCGAGUUGAGCAGGGGGGAUGGAGGAGGUGGGGAGCUCAGGUCCUUGAGCCCCAGCCCUGCCGCUCUGCCUCUGACCCAGCCAGAGGGCAGCGGGUCCUGGCAGAGCGAGAGCCUGCUGGCCGAGUCCUGGUCCACGAUGGGCGACGUGGACGCCGAGGACGCCAAGAGCCUCGACAGCAGCGACGGGGCGGCGCUGGCCGGCGAGGAGAACCACUCCUUCAACUCGGACAUGGUCCACCUGGAGCGGGAGGAGGUCGAGAUGCUCGAGGAGGCGGAGAAGGAGAGGGCGAGGAGAGUGGAGGAAGAGGAGGAGGAGGACGAGGAGAUGCAGACGAGCGUUUUGAGCGUGUUGGGUGGGGAGAGGGAGCUGGUGGAGCUCAGGGAGGAGGAGGAGCAGGACCUCCAGGCUCCAGAAACUGAGGAGCUCCUGGUGUCGACAGAGGAGCCCUACGUGGAGACGAGGCCUACAGAGUUCAGGCAGGUGGUCCCCCCGAUGGCCCUGCCUCCCCUGCCUAUCGUCAGGCUUGAUCCCCCCUCCGCGACGUCCACCCCGGUCCCAUCAGCCACAAGCGGCGAAGCCGAGGAGCUUCAUCCUCUUCAGGGGCUCCACCCUCCGUCCAUCCUUGCGCCGAUGGCGGCGGAGCCUCCGGCAGAGAGUCUCCAGCAGCCCAAAUUGGCACAGAUCCCUCUCUCAGACGAGGAGGAACAUUCAGGCACAGCGUCUCCAGCGGCGCCAGAGAAGACGAAACCACGGCCUCUGAGCUCCACGGAGCUGCUGUGUGGAGGCGCCGCUCUGGUCGCAGUGGUCGGAGUCGUGGCGUACGGUGCCGUGGCCUACUGCAGGAAGUAGAAGACCUCUCCUUCAGCCCUGAGUUAGCCUUUCGCCACAGGUCACACAAAAAAUCUGUCCUCAAUCAAUUAUCCCACUUCACUCUCUGAAUGCUGGAUUUCAACAUCUGACACUCUUUGUAUUGUCGUUUAUUAUUAUUAUUAUUAUUAUUAUUAUUAUUAUUAUUAUUAUUAUUAUUAUUAUUAUUAUUAAAACACAUUCAUUUGAUUUUCUGGAGGGGAUUCGUUCUGUGCUACCUCAGCUCACGUCUGAGCUCAUGGCCUUUGUUUUUUUCUCUAAUCAGUAGAUCUCAGAGGAAAGUUUAGUCUGUAAAAUGUAAAAUCAUGUAAGUUAAACAUUUUUUUAAAUCCUGAAACUUGAGAUGUUUGUUCGACGUUUCUUUGUGUGAUAAUGUCUCUCAUUACGUCACCAGAAAUCAACAGGAAGGAUGGAUUGACAACAACUGAUAUUGACCCAAAAGGAUACCUUCCCUCUCAAAAAAUAUUUGGGCCUGAUAUUUAAGAUUCAUGUAUUUUAAUUGCGCAUAAAAGUACAUUUACAUUUGUAGGUCAAACAUGAAUUUAACAUGUAAGGCUUUAAUACAUUCAUGCAAAAAUUCUAAUAAACCCAAUGUGUUAUGAAUACAAAAUUACUCAAUUUUUAUAUAUAUAUUCAUAAUCAAUAAUUCCAAGUUGUUUAAAAUUCAGAAGUACAGAAGGUUCAUGUAUUCAAUAUUAAUAAAAACCUGUAUAUUUGUUUGAAAGGAGAGAAGGACGUUCACACAUACACAUUGUAAAUCACAAGAGUAUUUUGUAGUGUAAGUUUUGCUUCUUAGUGGGUCGUUGUGGGCUGUACAGUAAAUAUAUAUUUGAUGCUCCGUCCUGCCCCCUGCUGGUCAAUCUGCAUCAUUACAGUUAUUUCACAUUAUGAACCAUGAGACCAAUUUCAACCUCGGGACAGCAGGACGUCCUGAUAACAUUACAGUUGUUCCACCGGAAGGACAGAUUAUAAGGCUGGAUAUUUUCUAGGGCACACGUCUACAAUUUGAUUUCUUUCUUCUUUUUUUUAUUAGGAUCUUUUUUUGGCCUAACUGGGGAAAUUCUUCCUAGAAACCAGAGAUAAAACCUUCAUGACAACCAGAAACACAUGAAUUAAAUUAGUCUUACUUUGGCAGGAAGAAAACGUGUAAGCCUAAGUUUAUCUAUAAAACAAAUAACCUAAUUUAUUAAGUUGUAGAAAUAGGGCCGGCUGGAUUUCCCAGGAAGACAAAAUAAUAAAGAAAAACUCAACUGUGCCUGCUGAAAAGCAUGUUUGUCAUUUGUAUUUUCUAAGCAAAAUGAUAAAGUUUGCUGAGGUUAUAAAACCUAAAUAAAUGUUUAUUGAAAAUA